AUGAGUUUAUACACUGCUGCUGAAAGCAAAGCAUCUCUCAUCAUUGAUGCAGACAUCUCAUAUAUCCGCGGUGACCCCCUGUAUGUCACGGGUUCGCAUAACGCUCAAGAUCUCCAGCUCGAGAUCUCCAUUGCAGACGCGGACCUGCAGCUGCAGCGCAGCGUACCUAUCAAUUCCUCGUCAAACGAGAUUGAAUUCUCGCUGCGGCAUCUGUCUCCUCGUCUCGAGCCAUACCUCGUCACCCUGAAGGCUACCCGUGGCGAUGCACGCACUGUCUACAGUGCUACUACGCAGCUGCACCACCUCCCAUCCCGCACAGAUGGGGGCAGUACAACAAAGCUAGAUAGCUUGUUCGGUGGUCUGCUAGUGCAGAACAGCGACUCUUCGACAUGGAGACCGCUAUUCCCAUACUCCUACUACGCCAGCUGGGACAGCUUCGCGAACUCCACAGCCAAUGUCCAGUCCUUCAAAGACCAAGGCUACAACAUUAUCCACAUUGUCCCGGAUACGGGACCCGUGGCCCACGCAUUCAAUCUCACGCAGCUGAACGCCUUCCUCGACAAGUGCGACGAGAUAGGCCUGUGGGUCAUGUGGGACAUGCGCUGGACGUACAAGGACCUGUCCCUCGUCCACGAACAGCUCUCCCUCCUCAAGUCCCGCAAGAGCCUCCUGCUCUGGUAUACCGGCGACGAGCCUGAUGGCCCCGGCGACCCGCUCAACGCGACCAAACUGGCCUACAGCGCCAUCAAAGCCGUUGAUCCCUGGCACCCCGUCUCGCUAGCGCUGAACUGCUUUAAUUUCUACUUCGAAGAGUACUCGUCCGGCGCGGAUAUCGUGCUCUCCGAUGUAUACCCGAUAGCGGUGAACACGAGCUGGUCGGCCGAGUACAAUACGCCCUGCAAUACCACAUACGGGUGCUGCGGGUGCGACGAUUGCCGCGGGGAGAUGGAAGAUAUCUCGGUACGGCUGGACGCAUUCGCGGCGUAUCAGGAAUGGCUGGGGAUGGAGCCGAAGGCGCUGUGGGGGGUGCCGAUGGCGUUUGGUGACGCAGAGUUUUGGACACGGAAGCCUACGGGAGCAGAAGAGGUGAGUAUGACGAUGCUGAGUUUGAAUCAUAAUGCGAAGGGAAUUGUUAUGUGGGAUUGGCCAACGUCGGCGGAGUUGGCAGCGACGACGCAUGAUUUGAGUCGGGUUCUUGUGGGAGAUGAGAUUGUACGCUUUGUUUUGGGUGCGCACACGCUGCCGUUGAGUGUUCAGGGGCAUUCGAAGAUUGAUGCGGCGGGAUGGAAAGUGGGAGAUGAAGUGCUGGUUAGUAUCUUGUCGUUGCAGACGCCGGAUUGGGAUGAUGUUGUAACGGUCGAGCUGCCACGGGGCGCGAAGGUCGUCUUGAAGGUGGUUCUGGGCAAAGGGGAGUGGAAGUUGGUAGAUGGUCAUCUUGUGAAGAAGGGUGGACAUGGGCUUGAGACGGAUUUGUUGAUUGUUGAAUUAGGAGGUUGA